AUGUCGCAACCCAACCAUGUCGUUGGUAAGUUCUACCUAAACCAUGAUGAUCAACCUCAGCCUGCCCGGCUUGGACCUGAACCUAACCUCCAUCAAGAUCGCUCCGUCAAGAAGUGUCUCGAGAUCAUCAAACUCCAAAACAACGAGAUAGAUCGCCUUCUUGAGAAAUUCAACAGGUUGAACUUUCACACCAUGUCGCAGGACAUUCGAAUCGACCACCUGGAGAAGAACAUGCAAGCUCAGAUGCUAAAGAUGAUCAAGGCCUACCUUCACGAUGCCAACAAUGAGAAGGAGCUUCGCGAGCUCGGCGUUCUCCCGCCCCCGGACAGCGAUCCUGCCCUUGCCGUCCAGCAACCUAUCGUUCUCAGUGAGGAGAUCGUGAAGAUGGGUGACGAUGACACUCUUCAACUUACAACUAGCCCUACCCAAGUGCCCCAAUUCGUCCGUCUCUUGCAGAAGGUUGACCCGAGGGACCGCCAGACUUUGGUCGACCUCCAAAAGCACCUCGACAACACGGGAAAGCAGCCCCAUACCUCGGUCUUCCCCAUGUACAAGGUGGGUGGCCCUACUGAGGACACGGCCGGCACUUUCUUCCUCCACGUCGGCCAGGGCCUGUCCCGGCAGAUCGCCACCAUCAGCCGCUCGCAGCUCUUUGGCGAGGGCGAGGGCGAGGAACCCAAGGAAGACGUCACCCGCACCCUGGGCAUCUUCGAGCUCCACGUCCGACGCACGGCCGGCAUCAAGGCCAGGGGCGAAGCCUUCGCGAGACGUGUCCUCCCGCGCUACGUCAUCUACCUCGGAGAGAUGCACGAGGAGCACCACCUCUCCGACAGCCCCCGUGUCGACCCCCUCUCGAUGCACUACCACGUCGUCAUGGACGUCACCCGCCCGGACAAGCCGCUCUGGGUCAUCUGGAAGUACGAUGAGAAGCAGAAGGGCCUGAAGCAGAAGGGCCGCGACCGCGUCUCGUUUGUCCAGCCCGAGACCGAGAAGCCCGGUAUCCCACUGUACCAGGGCUGCCCGCCGGCCAAGGUCGACCUGCUCAAGCUGCUGGGCGGGGUCCGCGACUGGAACGUGCUCGCCAUGUUCGAGGACGGCAGCGGCCCGGGAGAGCUGAUGCAUGAGGUCCAGUUCUACUGCCAGCCGUGCUUCACGACCCCGAUACCGGACGAGAUGGACCGGUGCCUCAAGUGGUCUUGGCAUGCUGCGCCUGAGGGUGGUAACUGA